AGAAUAUGGUCGCUGCGCGCCGCCCGGCCUGUCCUUGUUGUGCCUGACGUCAAGCCAGAGCAGACUACAGAGGACCUGCAGCAUGUCAUUCAGCGUGGAGCAAAGGGCCAAGGCCAACAGCCUGGAGUACCGGCUCUUCUUCAAGGACUGCAAGGGACAGUACAUCUCUCCAUUCCACGACAUCCCUAUGUAUGCAGAUGAAGCAAACGGCAUAUUCAACAUGAUUGUGGAAGUGCCACGAUGGACUAAUGCAAAGAUGGAGAUUGCCACAAAAGACCCAUUGAAUCCCAUCAAACAAGAUGUGAAGAAAGGCAAGCUGCGUUACGUGGCCAACGUGUUCCCUCACAAGGGUUAUAUAUGGAAUUAUGGAGCCAUCCCACAGACUUGGGAAAAUCCAACACACAUUGAUGAGAAUACUGGAUUUGGUGGUGAUAACGAUCCCAUUGACGUUUGUGACAUUGGGAGUAAGGUUUGUGAACAAGGAGAGGUUAUUAAGGUUAAAGUUCUCGGCACCCUUGCAUUGAUCGAUGAAGGAGAAACCGACUGGAAAAUAAUAGUUAUCAAUGUUGAAGACCCUGAUGCUGCACUGUAUAAUGAUAUCGAGGAUGUCAGGAGACUGAAGCCCAAUUAUCUGGAGUCUACUGUUGACUGGUUUAGAAGGUACAAGGUUCCUGACGGCAAGCCAGAGAACCAAUUUGCCUUUGAUGCUCAAUUUAAGAAUAAGGAGUUUGCAAUAGAGGUGAUCAAAUGUACCCAUGCUCAGUGGAAGGCAUUAGUGACCAAAAAAACUGACGGUGGAGAAAUCAACUGCACUAACACCACCGUACAUGACAGCCCUUUCUUUUGCAAGCCAAGUCAAGCUCAAGAUAUUGUACAAGCGACACCUCCAUGUGGACCGGCUGACACCAUCCCAAUAGAUGUGGACAAGUGGUUCUAUUAUCAGAAGAACUAAUUAACAGAUGAAGACCUGGCGCUAAUAUUGCAUGCCUUUCCCUAGGCGUUUGGAUCUGCGCCAUAGAUACCAUAUCGACAGAACAGUAAUAAACUGAAGCCAGUGUCACCCUUUUUAGUUAAGCUAUCCGAUACGGAGCUGCAUGAUGUCUACGAUAAGCUGCCACCUCCUCCCAUGGGUUACUGUUAAUAUCAACGGCAUUAUCUUCAUUGGAUUCUGUUUUGCUCUUGCUAGUUUUGUAGAAGCAAAAUUGUCAAGCGGAAAUUAGCGAAACCUCUGUGUAGAUUUCCUGUACUACAGAAGCAAAUAAAGCAAAUUUUUUGGUAAAGUCUG